UCUAAAUUUUCGUUUUCUUUGCUAUCUAGAUAAUUUAUGUUCUAAUCACCCAGAAAUCGAAUAUAAAUUCGUGCAGGAUUUCAUCAGUGCAGUGAUGGGCCAGUUCAACAAAUCAAUCGAAUCAGGAGAAACUAGGGUUGGCAUCGUCUCUUUCACCGGAGAGAUUCCUCGACAACUACCUUACACGUCAGAUUUGAACUCAAUUAAUAAAUAUGUGGACAGGCCCUGGGAAUAUGCUGAUGAAUAUGGAACAGCAUUUGCGGACUUAUUCGUUGCAAUCAAACAAAUUUUGGAAACGGACCCGAAAAGUCGGCUGAAUGACAACAACGUCCGGAAACUCGUUUUCAUCGUAACUGAUGGCAAAACAACUUCUAACUUGCAAGCGGAAAAGGCAGCUGUAGAUGCUGUUCGAAGGCUCCCAACUCAUGUAUAUGCAGUAGGCGUUACCCAUGAUUCAACAAUACCAGAGCUCCAAAAGUACUCAUCUGAUAAAAAUUAUGUUCGUGUAUACAAAACAUUUCAAGAUUUCGAGAACGAUGCUGUGUUUGUUUUCAGUGAAAUUUGUCGUAUUGAAACCACAAAGGCUAGUACAGUCGAUUCCGGAUAUGGCUCUGGGUCUGAUUUAGUUGUCAAGCCCACAAAACCCCCCGUAGUUCAGAUAAAUUUAAAAGACAUUGAACCUGGUCAGACAAAAUUUUUCCGUCUGAAAUACUCCCAGGGUUAUCCCAUAAAUUUUGAACCCAAUUUGGAGGGUAAUUUGUUUGUGUUCUUUAUAUCUUUUACCGAAGAGAAACCGAGGGACGGAAGUUGCGACAUAAAGUUCAGUUGUUCCGAUGGCAGUGGAAAGUGCAGUUAUACAAUCGAGGCUUCGGCCGACGUUCUAAAGAACAUCUGCUUUGCAGGUGCUAAAAUUUCAGGCAUCGACGGUUUAUUCGUGGCCGCAGAAUGUGUCGGUCCAUAUGAUUACAACGAAAAAGAAGCAAAGGAUGUGGAUAAUAGUAAACUCACUGGAUAUAAUCAAAAAGCUGCUUUUGCCUUCUCAGAAAGACUAUUGCAAUCAAGAAUAGUUAAAACCAGUUUGUUUCUUGCAAUGCUGAUUGAACGUUACGUACACUAAAACUAAAUUGACGAGAGGCACCGUCGGUGAUAAAGCGAUUGUAUGGACACUAAGAAAAAUCCGAAAAGAAAACUUCUGGCAGUUUCAUGUUCAUAAAACAUACAAGCUUAAAAAUUACAAAAGAUUGUUAUUGCUUCAAUGUGACUGAUAAAGAGUGUCGAUAUGGGCAUGGGCAAGAAAGUAAAAAACUUAUCAUUGGGGAAAAUCAACCAAAGAUGUUGCAAGCGACGAUUGCAAACUCAAUCAAAAAGUAAAAUCAAUGAACAGAUUUAUGCUACUAAGUUGUAAAAAAAUAUAUAUUUUAACUGACACGUUUUUGACCGUAAUAUUUGCUCUAUUUAAAGCUCUAGUCUUCAAAAUGGAAACUAGUAUAUCAAAUCGAGAUGAUGUACCCAGUUUUUUUAGAGUUCACAUUGUUUUGAUUCAUGCGUCAAUAUACGUUGAAUACUUCGCAAGAGCUGGAAAGAGACUGUAUCGUAUGAAAAUUGAAUUAAUGAUGGUUUAGUGACUAUAAAAUGCUGGUAAAUGAAACGAAUAAAUUAUGGGAAAGUUAACUUGCAUUUUGAAUUGAGUUUACAUGUGAACAAAUUAUCUUGCCAUUUAAAAAAUGCUUUGUUUGCUCCAACAAUGCCGCCCCCGUUGAUCUUUGAUCAAUCUUUUCAUAUUUCAGAUGGAGAUGAAAUUUGGAUGCAGCAAAAAGAAGGCGGGUGUGAAGUUGUCGGGAUUGAUUGCGGGGAAGGUGGAAGUUGUGGAGAAGGUGGCGGAGGUGAAUUGGGAGUGUCGAUGAUCCUCAGGCGUCUGGAGUUGGCUGAUGCAGCCCCUGAUCAUGUGACCAAAAAAAGAAAGUCGAAAGCAUCGGGGGGCAUAGGAAAUGUCGGAAGGAUGGGCUUAGAAGAACGAUGAGGAAAAGGAGUUGGAUGACUGACCAUUGUUUUCGAGUUUUGUUUUUUAUUAUGUUUUGUUUGUAGAGUUUAUUGAUGUAUCUCUCAUCGUCUUUCAUCGCCAAUUUCCGCAAUCCUUAAUCGAUCGUGUACUAAGCUUUCCAUUCCCUGUUUUUACUUGCACCACCCUCACUAAUCUAUCGUUUCCGGCUUCUACAUUUUCCACGAUUCCAAGUGACGAUGAUAAACGGGGGUUAUCAUCAACAGUUAUGUAUAUUAGGUCUCCCUUUUUCAAUUAUGUUUUUCUACACGAUUUCUACACGAGAAUGAUGGUGAUGGGUUGACUCUCUCACUACGGUAAUCUCCCAUCUGCGGAUUCAUUGCUCUACUAUGGAACCUGAAGCAAGUGAUGUUGUUGCCUAUUAUUGCUCGCGCCAUCGUCCUGACUCGUAUGAUUCAGAACUGCUGCCGAGUGUCAGCAGCAGUGGCAUUCAGUCCACAGUUUAGUUGAACAAUGUGACUAUGGUGGAUCACAGUUCUCGACAAAUGAGUGUUCGGAGGCAAGAUCAUCUGAAGUUUUGCUUUCUCGUUUAGGCAAUCACCAGCUGCGAGUCGUCCACCAAUUUUUAGCAAUCCAUCAUCAUCUAUGAAUGGAUAUAGCUGAAGGAGUUUUGAUGUCCGGCUUAUAUCUUGUCCGUUACUGAUUGCUUUCAUUUCUUCGUCGAAAUGCUGCUCCUAACUUUUAAUUUGAAUACG